AUGUCUUAUCUUGUUGAACCGACCAGCGAAGCCUCUGGCUCCGAAUCACCACCGCACUCGUACGCUCCCUUGACAGAGUUACUCAUCCGUUCACCCUCAAUGAUUUACUCUCCAGUACCUGAGGAUAGUCGUGAUCCUACUGCUACCUCUCAGACCCCAUAUCCCACCAACGUCCAACGCCGCUCUCGCCCCGACCAUAACUCAUCAUCGGAUUUUCGGGCCAUAGACUUAGCGGUCGCAUAUCGAGUCGCAUCAGUAUCAUCCAGCGGUCCGACUUCACAACUCUCUCCCGGAUUCUCACUCAAUAACCUCAUGACAUGUAUAGAGUGUGAUACUCUCAUAGGUACUUUGGAAGACCCAGUAACUCCCGGACAAAUGGAAUAUCUAGUGGAAUUCUUUCAAGCUGAAGCCGAUGACUUGAUGCUCUUAUGUCCUCAACAUGGUCAUGCACAACUUGCUCCAGCCGAGAGUGACGUGUGCGCUUAUUGUGGCGAACAGCCGAUAUUGCUAUUCACGAACGUUUCAGGAGAAGAUGGGAACGACGGAGGAGGUUGGAGGACCAGAUACACGGCGGAGAGGAAAGGGUUCGAGGUAGCGCUUUGCUCUCUGGCCUGUACCUUGCUUUUCCUGACGUACAACGAAUGGCAGGCUCUACGUCCUGGUACGAUUAGGAACCUUUCGAGAGGCGACUUGUGGAGAUUAGAAGGUCGAGACGCGGACAUCAAUACCAAAUAUGGACCCCAGAGUUUUGACUGGAACGGCAAACACCAAGGUGAAGUACUCCGUGACAUUUCGACGAUAUCCCUCAUGCCUCCCACUACCGAUUUCAUUAUCAGUAUUUACCCGUCUGAUACGUCCUCGAAUCCUAGGUCCGACACAUCCUCACCACGUUGCUAUAUCGACGAACAGGAAGUUGAGGAGCCAGCAAGCAAUUUAGAUCUUCUGCAAGCCUUCAUCGACAACGGCUGGACAGACCAAGAUUCAGUAGACUUGAAACCUCUCUUCACAUGUUAUAUGCCGAAUUGCAACCAGCUUAUCAGUAAUCUGCCCCGUUCAAGCACCUCGACGGAACUCUUGGAAAGUCUAAUCGCACGUUCGAACUUUCUGUUAGAGGAAGAAAGAGGAUUGAUGAGCUUGUGUCCUCAUCACAGUAUCGAAGGUGAAAAACUAAUUCUAAUACCUGACGAGGAUAUGGACGAUCAUCAAGUUAUCACCUGUCAAUGGUGUCUCUCUCAACCAACCGUCUGGGUCGAGCUCCCGUCGGGACGAUUCGCCCCAAGAUACAAGAGUUAUUAUGGUGGUAUUGACUUUAUGUUCUGCUCGUUGGUUUGUGCUUUAGAAUUCUUGAGGGAUAAUCCUCAAUCUACAGCGGUGGAUGCAAAGUUUCUGCACAGAAAAAAAUUCAGAUAUUGCACAAUACAUACGUGUAAAGAUUUCAGUUUGGGUCAGAAUUAUGUAAAUACAUGUGAGGUCUUCGGAAGUAGACCUCAACCAUCAAUAAUAAGGAUUCGUACUUAUGUAAUCAUGUACUGA